AUGUCUAACUCCAAUACCUCAAGUGAAGAUCCGUAUAUGCUGGGGCGCAACUACUACGCCUCCGCAAGACUUGCAAUGCUCCACCUCCUCAUCCAUGCCCAAUUCGGCUUCUUGCUCCAUCCAUCGAUCAAGCUACCAAGCGCUAUAAAGGACCAAGAACAAUUGCGUAUUGCGGAUGUUGGCACCGGCACAGGGAUUUGGAUCGGGGAGCUCACCCGCGAGCUGCCACAAGCUCACAUCGAUGGAUAUGAUAUUUCGGACGAGCAAUACCCGCCCCAGGAAUGGUAUGGGCCGAACGUGUCGCUAUCUAAACUCGACAUCUUUAAACCGCUGCCGAAGGAACUUGAGGGGAAAUACGACGUGGUACAUCUGAGAUUUUUUAUGACGAUAGCUAGUGAUGAUAACGUGCAAGUUGUGGUGAAUAACUUGAAGGGAAUGCUUAAGCCGGGUGGUUGUUUGCAGUGGGUUGAAAGGGACUGGAUGUCCAAGUUUCCAGAGAAGGCGGAGAAGAGCGAUGAUCCACAUACGCAGGUCACAUGCUACCAUAGGUCGUUGUUCCCGGAAGUCAGAUGGAUCAACUCUUUGCCGGCCCAGUUCGAACAAUGCGGCCUAGAGGUCCUCGAUUACGUGACGCAGGCUCCGCUCCCGGUUUACCGCAAACCAUGGAACGAGGAUUGCUUGAUUGGGUGGGCAGCUAUCGGCGACGUGAUAAAGAACCAGGAGGAUAAGAAAUGGUACAGAGAGCGCUUGGCAGAAGCAGCGGAGAAUGCGAGGAAAGGGUGGUAUGUGGACUGGGAGUUGGUUGUCUGUGUUGGAAGGAAAGAUGGGUGA